AUGACACAGGCGGCCCCGUCGGGAACGCGCUACACCAUCAGCGUACUCACAACAGACACCGUCGACUCGGCACCCUCUCUCCUCGUCACGUUCGACAGCCAGCGAUACCUCUUCAACACGCCCGAAGCAGUCUCACGCGUCGCGCUGUCGAACAAGGUGGGUUUGAAGAAGGUCGGACAUGUCUUCCUGGGAGACCUCGCGCAGAGUGCCGGUCUGCCCGGGCUGAUUCUGAGCAGUGUCGAGGGCGGGAACGACAAGAUGGUAGUACACGGGCCGAGGGGAACAGAUCACUUCUUGGCGAGUUGCAGGUUCUUCACAAGACGUGAUCGGCUUUCUCUCAAGGUCGAGUCGGUGCCUCCCGCAGUCAAAGACCACGAGUCUUCGCCUAGCCUGCCCGACCCGAUUCACGCGGACGCGAAUCUCGUCGUCUACGGCUUUCCCUUAACCCCCUCUGCCGCUCCUCCUCCCCCUGCCCUAGCGCCGAACGACUCUGCCGCCCAAAUGAACGGGGACGACGACGGUAGCGCGUCGCUGAAGCGAAGACGCUCCUCACUCUCCGUCUCUCCGCCUCCUCCCGCCAAGUCACCUCGACGUACCUCGCCUCGACGCAGCCCGAGCCCCUCUUUCGACACGGCUGCCGAGAACUUCAACCCAGCAAGAUUGCAAGGUGCGAAUGCCGUGCGGUGGCGGAACCUCGUCAUCCGCGACAUGUUCCGAGGGACUGCCUUCGAACCCGCGCCUGCCCCCCUCCCUACCACCACGCCUUCCGGUCGCCACCUCCCCGGCCCUGCCUACCGGCAAAAGUCACUCCCCUCUCUCCCUCGCGCUUUCAAGCCAGCAACAAACAGCUACCUCGUCGUCGGCCCAAAGUUCCGCGGCAAGUUCCAGCCGGAGAAGGCGAUUGCGCUUGGCGUCGAGCCGGGCAAGGACUUUGCUCGGCUAGUAGCGGGUGAGAAGGUGUGGGCGCGAGCAAAGCCGGUCGACGAGUCGGUUCUGCCACCGGGAAAGGCAGAAACGAAGAAGGAGAAGAAGGCGAGAUUGAAGAAGGCCUUUGAGGAGCGCGCAAAACUUCAAGAAGGCGAGGGAGACGGGCGGUGGGUCACGCCGGAGGAAUGCGUGGGUCCGAGUGUCGAUGGUGCCGCCUUUCUCGUCGUCAACGUCCCUUCGCCAGCGUAUCUCGCUUCUCUCGCCGAUCUCCUCCGUCCGAGCCUUCUCGACCGCGACAGCCUCGGCGGGAGCGCGACUUUGCGCGGCGUCUUCUUCUUCCUUGGUCCGGACGUCCUGGCAGAACCCGCCUUCACUUCCUACGUCUCGGCCCUCCGAGAAUCGUUCCCAGAUAUCGCCAUGCACGUCUCGUCCGCCGACUUUGUCAAGCAAGGCAAGAACGAGGUCGUCUACGGGCCUUCCGCGCUUCUCAACCUUCGUCUCCGACAUGUCGACGAAGACAUGUUUCGACUUCCGCACUACUCCUUCCUCACGCCUGACGCCCUCGCCUCUCUCCCGAACCUGCCGACCGGCCUCACUCCCCUCGUAUCCAACUCGCACUUCUCGUCCGCGCUCGUUCCCGCCGAAGAGGGCAAGACGCCUUUCGGCAACAACUUCGCACUCCGCAACUUUGACUUCCACGUGCCUUCGCCUCAGGCCGACGCGGAAGCUGCUCAGCUGAAGGGCUUGCACAAGUCGGAGGAGACCCUCGCGAAAGCGGCAGCCGCUUGGGAGGACUUCGUCGCCAAGGCGAAGGCGGCCCGACAAGUCGUGGAGGCAGAGUCGGUCGAGCGCGCAUCUCGCCCAGUCGACUCGUCGACACCCGCGUUGGAACUAAGCCUCGUGGUGACCGCGCUCGGAACCGGCAGUGCGGUACCAAGCAAGUACCGCAACGUCAGCGGCACGCUGCUCCAUGUUCCGCCGACGCCAGCCGAUGAGCGAACGCAGUACAUCCUGUUUGACGGAGGAGAGGGAACGUGGGGCCAGAUCGCUCGACGGUUCGGAGACGGCGACUCCAGCCGCGGGGAAGACAGCAAGGAGGAUGUCUUGCGGAACUUGCAAGUCAUCUUCCUGAGCCACAUGCACCAGGAUCACCACGCCGGCAUACCAACGAUACUCAAGCAGCGCGCUCAGCUCGACCCGCCGCCCAAGUCGCCUUUGACGAUUGUCGGACCGGCGAGCGCCAUGAUCUACCUGCGAGAGCAAGAUCAGCUGUUCAACCUCGGUCUCGAGCGGGAAGGACCAAUCCGCUUCGUCGACAACUACAGCAUCGAGCCUGGACGGGCACCUUACGAAGAGUCUCAGGCUGAGGCUGCCAUGUACGAUCUGAAGACGCGACUGGGUCUCACGGUAACAGCCGUCCCGGUCAAACAUCGCUGCCGAGCCUGGGGCGCCGUCGUAACGCACGAGUCUGGCUGGCGAGCAGUCUUCUCCGGCGACACGAUGCCUUGCGACGCGCUUGUCGAAGCGGGUCAAGGCGCAUCGCUCCUUGUCCACGAAGCAACAAUCGAAGACGACAUGCCCGAAGUCGCCGAGGCGAAGGGCCACAGCACGUUCGGCCAGGCUAUCGACGUCGCAACUCGCAUGCGCGCUCGACACCUCCUCCUCACUCACUUUUCCGCGCGCUACCCGAAGCUCCCGCCUCCUUCCGCCUUCGCGACAGACGGCGAAGCGCACCGACCAAUUGUUGCGACCGCUUUCGACCUCAUGAGCCUGCGACUCGCCGACUUCUGGAAGGUCGAGCGUUACCGCGAAGCGAUGGAUGCGCUGUUGAGCUGGGACGAGGCGGAGGACAGGGACGAUGCGGACGAGUUGAGCGGAAAGGACUUGGUCGCGGACGGCGGAGACUAG